AUGAAGCCGAGGCUGAGCAGCGUUUCCACGAAGGGCCGUCCGUGGGCCGCUCCUCGCCUCCGCUCCCGAUCGCUGCGCGAGUUUCUCUGCCCCCGCGGUCUCGGCCGCCUCCUGGCGCUCGCGUGGAGCUCUCGACGCGCUCGAACAAAGAAAUCUCCAAAUGUAAUAGAGAGACCUAACAUCUAUGAGAGUGCUAAUGUAGCUAGAAGUAAAGCUGCACAGGGCAAGUUAAAUGUGCAAAAAUAUGGGUGUGAGCUUUUUGAAGAAACUGCCAGUUAUAGGAAGACUCUGGUGGUGGUGGUGGCAGUGGGAGCUCAUGUACAAGCAAAUCUCUGUGCCCCAUCCUGCGUGGCAGGGUACUUACUGGUGCUUUAUUUGGCUGAACUGUAUGAUCAGGUUGAUUCAGUUGACAGACGAUGGAAAGGCUUUUGCAUUGUAGAUAUUGAAGCUCAAAUUCGAGAAAUUCAAGGAAAAAAGCCUGCUCUUGAUGAAGCACAAGGAGUAGGCCUUGAUUCCACAGGAUAUUAUGAUCAAGAAAUUUAUGGUGGCAGUGACAGCAGGUUUGCUGGAUACGUCACUUCUAUUGCAGCAACUGAAUUGGAAGAUGAUGAUGAUGACUACCCUUCUACAAGUUUGCUUGGCCAGAAGAAGCCAGGGUACCAUGCUCCAGUGGCAUUGCUUAAUGACAUACCACAGUCUACUGAACAGUAUGAUCCUUUUGCAGAACACCGUCCUCAAAAGAUUGCAGAUCGGGAAGAUGAGUACAAAAAGCACAGGCGGAUGAUGAUAAUUUCCCCUGAGCGUCUUGAUCCUUUUGCAGAUGGAGGGAAGACACCAGAUCCUAAAAUGAAUGCCAGAACGUACAUGGAUGUUAUGCGUGAACAGCAUUUAACAAAAGAAGAGAGGGAAAUUAGGCAACAGCUAGCUGAAAAAGCUAAAGCUGGAGAGCUUAAAGUCGUCAAUGGAGCUGCAUCUCAGCCACCUUCAAAACGCAAACGGCGUUGGGAUCAGACAGCUGAUCAGACUCCUGGUGCUACACCUAAAAAAUUAUCCAGUUGGGAUCAAGCAGAGACUCCUGGACAUACACCAUCUCUGCGAUGGGAUGAAACUCCAGGCCGUGCAAAGGGUAGUGAAACUCCUGGUGCCACCCCAGGCUCAAAGAUAUGGGAUCCAACUCCCAGUCAUACCCCAGCAGGAGCUGCAACACCCGGACGGGACACACCUGGUCAUGCAACACCAGGCCAUGGAGGUGCCACUUCCAGUGCACGUAAAAAUCGAUGGGAUGAAACACCUAAAACAGAAAGAGAUACUCCGGGACAUGGUAGUGGAUGGGCUGAGACACCUCGUACAGAUAGAGGUGGUGAUUCCAUUGGUGAGACACCAACCCCAGGAGCAAGUAAAAGAAAGUCACGAUGGGAUGAAACACCUGCUAGCCAGAUGGGUGGCAGCACUCCUGUUCUGACACCUGGCAAAACACCCAUUGGUACACCAGCUAUGAACAUGGCAACUCCUACACCAGGUCAUAUCAUGAGCAUGACUCCUGAACAGCUGCAGGCUUGGCGUUGGGAAAGGGAGAUUGAUGAGAGAAACAGGCCACUUUCUGAUGAAGAAUUGGAUGCUAUGUUUCCGGAAGGAUAUAAGGUUCUUCCUCCACCAGCUGGUUACGUACCUAUUCGCACUCCAGCUCGGAAGCUUACAGCAACUCCAACACCUUUGGGUGGUAUGACUGGAUUCCACAUGCAGACAGAAGACCGGACUAUGAAGAGUGUUAAUGACCAGCCAUCUGGCAAUCUUCCAUUCCUAAAACCAGAUGAUAUCCAAUACUUUGAUAAACUGCUGGUUGAUGUUGAUGAAUCAACUCUGAGUCCUGAAGAACAGAAGGAGAGAAAAAUAAUGAAAUUACUUCUGAAAAUAAAGAAUGGCACACCUCCCAUGAGAAAG